AUGAAUGACCUGAGAAAGGAUCCCGAUGGACUAUGGUUUUUGACGGAGCUUCCAACGCACUUGGCAAUGCAUGCAUCAUGGAUCAUCCCUUACAAAGAACAUGUGCUAACGUUGCUUCCACACUUUGAAGAAGUCACCUUUGAACAUUUUCCACGAGAAGAGAAUCAGUUAGCGGACGCGCUGGCUACCAUGUCAUCCAUGUUCAAGGUCAGACGGGACAACGAAGCUCCUCAAAUCACUAUUGAGAGAUUGGAUGAACUGGCCUACUGCUACGAGAUCGAUACUGAAGGGGUAAUAGACAAAACUUGGUUUCAUGAAGUGAAAAGGCAUCUCGAGGCUCAACAAUAUCCUAAGGAGGCUUCUGUCAAUGAUAAGAAAUUUCUGAGAAGGUUCUCCAUAAAGUUUUUCCUUAGUAAUGAAAUCCUCUACAAGUGA